AUGUAUGCAAUUGCAACCUUCUCUUCCCCUCCCGCCAUUACAACCCUCAACAACACCUAUUCAGUUUCGCGAUCGAAGAAGACGGUCACCGUGAGAAAUUCGGUACAGACGGAGAACAAGGUGGUUGUGGCAGCGGCGGCAGGAAGUUUGUAUGAGAUACUAAGGGUGGAGAGAACGGCAUCAUUUAACGAUAUCAAGACGGCGUACCGGAGUUUGGCCAAGGUUUUCCAUCCAGACGUGAUGGGAUCAUCAUCGGACGGCCGUGAUUUCAUAGAGAUACGCAACGCGUACGCCACUUUGUCGAAUCCGACGGCGAGGGCCAUGUACGAUAUGUCGUUGGCGCCACGUUGGAUGCGAGUCAGGACUCGGAUUUACCCGACUCGAAGAUGGGAAACUGAUCAGUGCUGGUAG